AACCCGCACCGCGAUGGAGCUGCAGCAGGACCUCAGCGAGCUGUUCAAGGUCGUCCACAGAUACCCCGCCAUCGACAACCACGCGCAUGCGUUCCUCAAAGUCGAGAACCGCGAUGCAAUGCCCUUCGAAGGUCUAAUCUCCGAGGCGAGCGGCCCAGCGCUCACGGAGGACGCAAUCCAUACCCUCGCGUGCUACAAGGCGACGGUGCAGCUCGCGAAGCUCUUCGGGUUGCCUGCUGGCGCGACGUGGGAGGACGUCAAGCGGGCACGCUCGGCAGCGGACUAUAAUAUGCUGUGCCGGAUGUGUAUGGCGCCGACGCGGAUCCAAUGCAUCCUCAUCGACGACGGGCUGGGUGUGCGGGACAUGGUGUACGACUACAAGUGGCACGACAGGUACACGGCAAGCCCCACCAAGCGGGUCGUCCGAGUGGAGAUCCUUGCGGAGGACAUCCUCAGGGACCUGAUCAACGCGCAGCUUUCAGCCGGCGACAUGCGGGUGCCGCUGAUGCGCGAGACCUUUAUCGCCAGCUUCACCGCGGCGCUCGCGACGAGCGCACAGGACCCCGAGGUAGCCGGCUUCAAGUCCGUCGUGUGCUACCGCACGGGGCUCGACGUGUCGCUGACACAGGAGACGUCGGAUAUGGAUGUCUCGCUGGUCACGCUCGCGCUGCGCUACGAGAGCCUGAAGAAGCUCCGGCUCGAGAGCAAGGCGCUGAACGACUUUGUGGUGGUGACGACGUUGCGCAUCGCGGCGCAGUACGGCAAACCAGUGCAAUUCCACACCGGCCUGGGCGACAACGACAUCACACUUGUCAAGUCGUCGCCGGCGGUCAUGCAGCCCGUGAUCAAGGCACACCCGAACGCGAAGAUCGUGCUCCUGCACUCGAGCUACCCGUACACACAGGAGGCAGGGUACCUCACGGCCGUGUACCGGAACGUGUACCUCGACUUUGGCGAGAUCUUCCCGUUCCUGAGUGCCGACGGGCAGCGCGACGUCGUGAAGCAGGUGUUCGAGCUCUGCCCGACGAACAAGAUCAUGUGGUCGACCGACGGGCACUUCUGGCCCGAGUCGUAUUACCUGGGAACAAUACAGGCUCGCGAAGCUGUCUACAAUGUGCUGGAGGGCUCCCUUCGUCGCGGGGAGAUGAGCCUCACACAAGCAAUCAACAUCGCGAAGGGCGCCUUCUUCGAGAAUGCGAACCGCAUUUACAAUUUGGGCCUGGUCCCACAGGGUAUAUGAAUAGAAUAAGGGAUGUUGUAAUCGUAGAAGCGAACCGUCAAUUGUAUACGACUGUGUCAGGCUUC